AUGUCCACCUCUUCGGGGGCCCCGGAGUCUUGGAUAUCUUCCUUUUGCUCUCUCCUUGGCCAUGAAUACUUCGCUGAGGUUUCUGAGGAGUUCAUCGAGGAUGACUUCAACCUCACUGGCCUGCAGAAUCAGGUCGCGAUGUACAAGGAGGCACUCGAGAUGAUCCUUGAUGUGGAGCCUGAAGAGGACGAGGACGAAGAGGAGGAGGAGGAUGAAGACGAAGACGAGAACGACUCGGGAGAUCAAGACCGACUCGGCCCCAGACACGACCGGAGACAACAUAGCCGCAUGGCUAGCGACCUAAGUGUUAUCGAGUCUUCCUCCGAGAUGCUUUACGGCUUGAUUCAUCAGCGAUUCAUUUGCUCGAGGGCGGGCAUUCAACAGAUGAGCGAGAAGUAUGAGUUGGGCCAUUUCGGCUGCUGCCCCCGUACCAACUGCGAUCAAGCGAGAACACUCCCUGUCGGUCUCUCUGAUAUUCCCGGCGAAGACACCGUGAAGCUGUUUUGCCCUUCCUGCCUCGACGUCUACGUCCCUCCUAACAGCCGUUUCCAAACCGUCGACGGUGCCUUCUUCGGCCGUACCUUUGGCGCCCUCUUCCUCCUCACAUUCCCGGAAUACGACCUCACUAAGCGUGGGGCCGAGGUUCUCAGCAGCGGCGGCGCUCGUAUUAACGAUGAUUCGCUCGAGAUGAUCAAUGGCAUGUACGCUAAGAACAUUGCACCGGGCCUGGGCGCUGGACGUAUAUAUGAGCCCCGUAUUUACGGCUUCCGCGUUUCCGAGAUUGCAAAAUCAGGCCCUCGGAUGCAGUGGUUGAGGGACAGGCCGGAUAGCAUGACCGAACUGGACGAGGCGCGCCUGUACGCGGAUGGACACCCCGAUUCAGACGAUGACGAGGAGAACUUGAACGGCAACGGCCGGCCUACGCCCCGUCGCCGUGCUCCUGGCAAUGCGCGCCUCCGUGCAACGCAACGCCAGGCGCAGAAUGGCAGCCCGAUGGCAGUGGAGACGAACGGUGCAGAGUCGGAGCUUUAG